AUUGUCAGUGUCAUUUUUCAAUGACAUGUAAGACUUACGAUUUCUCGAAACCCCAUGCAAUUAAGCAAGCACCAGCGCGUAUCUAGGUUUCCUUCCGGGCACCGUAACUUACUAUAUCACCCCAAAUCACACCUCCAACAAAGGGAUAACCACCUCUACCUUACCCUAACAACGCCCAACACUACAGGCUCUUCACCAUGCUCCGCCCUGCCAAACGCAAAACGCAGUCCUCUACUCAUUCCACCUCUACCCACGAAUCCGACAAUCACGAGUCCUCAGGAUUGGUAGAAGUCAACGCCGGUACAACAACAGCACUCACUACCGGUUCUACCAUGUCCGCUCUUACACUUGAGGCUGAUGGUGGAGUAGACGCACUGGGUGGAGUUGAGGUGGAUGAUCCACGCAAACCCCUCUUAGGCACAACAGGAACAGGGGUUAGAUACAAGCUUCAGACUAAGAAUAGGAUUCUGAAUGACGACGGCUCUUAUAAUGCAACUACGAUUUCGGAAUCAACAUCUUCUUCACAUCGUAAAGGGAAUGAACCAGAAUUAGACUUGGAAGAGGACGAGGACGAAGAAGAAGGGCAAGAAAACACAAUGGAGAAUAUUAGUCGGAAAUCGCAGUGGAUUUUAUUGGCGGUGGCUAGUGGUGCUUGUGCGGCUUUCAAUGGAGUUUUUGCGAAAUUAACGACAACACAAUUAACGACUUCAUUUGCAGAGCAUGUUGCAGGAUUUCUGGGAUUAGGGGAGGGUGAAAAGGUUGUUGAAUAUGGUGUGCGAGGAAUAUUUUUCCUCCUCAACUUGGUUUUCAAUGGUAUCAUGUGGACCCUCUUUACCAAAGCCCUCGCUCGCGGUACCUCAACCGUUCAAGUUUCCAUCAUAAACACAUCGUCCAAUUUCAUGAUUACGGCUGUUCUCGGCUUUAUAAUAUUCUCGGAAAGUUUACCACCAUUAUGGUUCUUAGGCGCGGCGUUGCUAGUUGCAGGGAAUGUGAUUAUCGGGAGAAGAGAAGAGGAAGAGAAGGGGAAUAGUGGAAAUGAUAUGGAAAAUGGAGAAAGUAGAAGGAGAAGCGGAAGCGAAGGAGAAGAAAGGGAAGGACUAUUAGGGGAAGAGUUAGAAUUGGGCGGGGGGGUUGUGGAAGGUUCCGAUGAUGAAAGUUCUAGAAGAGAUGAUGAUGUUUUGGAUUUGGGAUUGGAUGAUGAGGGCAAGAGUGACGAGGAAGAGGAUUUAUUAAUCCAUUGAUUGGAAAGUACAUUACUUGUAUAGAUGUGUUUUUGGUAUAUAUAGCUCGAUACUAUACGGGUAGUAGGACGUUGUUUGGCGUUAAGCUUGGAUUUGGACACGAAUUAAUAUGAUGUUGUGGUAUGAUCAUUAGAUCUACUCGCUGGUUCUCAUUCUACACCCCGGUUUUAUUCUUCAAUUCUAGAGGAGAACUAAGUAGGAUACGGGAAAUCACUUGUAUAAAUUCUAUAUAUCAAAAAGACUAUCCACCAAACGUCAGAAAUCUAAGUCGAACACGCUCAAAAUGACAACCUGCAAUAUCGAGGAAGGAAAGCUCACCAAG